AUGGGCUACUUCUACUACUCACUGACCUUUUUCGCCUUUUUAGCUGUUGCAGCAGCCUUCUAUACCCGCGAACGCUGGCUCCCUCACCUCCCUAUACCAGGAUACAUCUAUACCCAACUGCCUACAAGUUUCCGGGGAGAUGCUGAAGCCGGCCUGUCCUCCGCUGACUUUAACCUUGCAGACAACAUCGUGGAGGGAGACUCACGCGCUGGUCUAGAUAAGCGCGGCAAGUCAGAAGUUCUGCGGAUAAUGCGGAGUAAAAAGGUCGAUUUCAAUGAAGCAAGACGGAUAUAUACUGAGCAACGAUUUGCGAAGAACAAUAUUGGCCCUGAUGGGAGACCGCAAGAUCCGAAAUUUGUGUCAUUCUCAUGA